AUGGGCAAGUGGCGUUAUGGCAUCGUCCUGGACGCUGGUUCGUCUGGGACCCGCGUCCACGUUUAUCGGUGGCUGCGCAAUUCCGUUGCGCGCAAAGAUGCCGAUGCGGAGGAACUCAAAUCACUUCCGGAGAUCGAAACUAAAGAGAAAUGGGUGAAGAAGAUCCAUCCCGGUGUCUCAUCUUUUGCCAGUCGGCCGGAAUCCAUUGGAUCCGACCAUCUCGCCGAACUUCUAGAACAUGCGAAAAGCAUCAUCCCCAAGGAGGAUGCCAAGGACACCCCGAUCUUCCUCUUAGCCACAGCGGGCAUGCGACUGCUUGGAAACCUAGAACGACAGCUCCUGCUCGACCAGAUUUGCAAUUACGCCCGUGAAAACUCCGAAUUCUUGCUUCCAGACUGCGAAGCUCAUAUCCAGGUCAUUCCGGGAAAGACCGAAGGUUUAUAUGGAUGGAUCGCGACAAACUAUCUCAUGGGCACAUUCGACGAACCCGAAAAGCACGACCAUGGAAAGGGCCACCACACUUACGGAUUUUUGGAUAUGGGCGGUGCCUCAGCUCAGAUCGCAUUUGCACCGAAUGCGACGGAGACUGAAAAGCAUGGAGAGGACCUCACGCUCUUGCGUAUGCGCAAUAUCGAUGGUUCAAUUCAGGAGCAUCAAGUCUUCAUUACCUCUUGGCUAGAAUUUGGUGUGAACGAAGCCCGACGUCGUUUUGUGGAGUCCUUGCAGAUGCAUAUGGGUACUGAAGCCCAGGAACUCCCCGACCCCUGUUUACCCAGUGGGUUAAGGACCACGCUGGAUGGCAAGGAUAUACCCUCUGAAUAUGAUGGGGUUACUCUGCUGGGUACUGGCGAAUUUGAAGGUUGUCUACGCCAUACUUACCCAUUGCUGGAUAAGGAUGCGCACUGUGCGGAUCAGCCUUGCCUUCUCCAUGGCACUCAUGUCCCAGCUAUAGACUUUGAUGUCAAUCACUUCAUCGGAAUUAGUGAAUAUUGGCAUACGACACACGAAAUUUUUGAAAUGGGAUACAAGGACAAAGCAUAUGACUUCAAUACCUACCAAGAACGCGUCAAAACAUUUUGUUCGCAAGACUGGGAUACUAUUGAGCAGGGCAUUGAAAAGCACAAAUGGGGCAAGAAGGUGGAUCGAGAAAAGGCACACCAAGUUUGCUUUAAAGCGUCAUGGAUCAUCAACAUGCUUCAUGACGGAAUUGGCGUGCCCCGAGUUGGACUAGAGGAUACCUACUCUACGCAUAACGGUACCAAGGAGGUUCUGUCCCACGCCGACCAGAGGGGUUACCUUGACGCCUUCCAGGCAGUCAAUAAGAUCGACUCCACAGAAGUGAGCUGGACCCUGGGCAAAAUCGUCCUGUACGCCUCUUCCCAAGUUCCAACUAUCGACGAGGCCGCAUUGCCUGUCGGUUUUGGUAGCAACAUUCCGGGCGUCCCCGAGGAUUUCCAGUACCCCAGUGUGGUUCUACUUCCUGAUUCGGACAGUUUCCACAGUGAACACUGGCACGAUGCCCUCUUCGAUGGAGACUCGCCUCGCCGGAUCCCUGGCUUCCUCUUGUUCCUGUUCAUCGUCGUAAUAGCGAGCUUUUUCUUGUGCGGACGCAGCCGUCGUCUGCGCAUAUACCAUCGCGUCAAUAAUGUGCUACGUCGUGGUGGGCCCUCUCACCCUAAUCACCCUAAGCGACGCAAGCCUUUUGGCGGAAUGUUACCUUUCCUCAAUCGAAGCGCCACAUCUUACGAGCGUGUUCUAGAAGAAGGCGCUGAGGAGUUUGACCUGGGCUCAGCAGACUCCGACGGUAGCGACGUGGAUGGCGGCCGUCCCUCCGAUGCGGGUUCAGCCAAUCUGCGACCUCCCAAGCGUGCUUCCAGUUGGGGUAGCGGCAGCAACACCCCCAACUUGAAAUAUACUCUUGACAACAGUUCAUCUGGAACGAUCGGCUUGGGGAUCAGUGGUGGCUCGGGUGUUGCUAUGGAUCGUGCAGGACUGGUGGUUAGAACCGAGAGCCGCGAUCAUCUGGCUCCUAUUGCCUUGGGGCCAACCACUAAUGGACGCCGGUCCCGAGCCGGCAGUCCCACGCGCUCUCACCAUCAAAAGUCACCCAGUAUGACCCCUCUCGAGGAUGAGUAA